AUGAACCCUGGCCUCCUUCCCCUCGCGCCGCCGGACGCUUCUCCUCCCACCGGACAUGUCCGCCACCGCCCCCGCGACGAAUCCAGGCACGACACCUGUCCGCCGCCGUCCCACCGCCGCCGCGGGCCGCGGAGCCCAUCCGGGGCCCGCGCGGGCUCGAGUCGCUGCCGCCGCCCCUCAGCUCCCGCUCGCCCCGCCGCCCGAGCUCGGUCCCCGCCGCCGCCGGACUUCGCCUGCGCCGCCGUGCGACCUCCGCCGCCGCAGCGCCCGCCGGGGCCACCUCCGCCGCCGCAGUGCCCGCCGGGGGCCACCUCCGCCGCCGCCGGCGACGGCCCGCGCCGCCGCCGCCCAUGGCCGCAGCCGCGCCUCCCGACCCCGCCGCCUCACCGUCGCCGCCAAGCCCCGCCGCCGGCGUGCCACCUCCUCUCCCCGCCGGCGUCUCCUCUCUCCGAACUCCGGCCGAUCCCGAGCUCCCUCGUCCCGAUCGGAUCGGCAUCAUAA